CGUUUCAUCCCUUACAUGUAAUAACCUGAGGCAUCCUCCUGGCCUGCUUCGUUGUCACAAUCACCAAAAACCACGCACAGGAGAAAAAAAGAAGAACAGAGUUUAUUAUCUUUAAAAGAGAAGAGAGAGAGAGAGAGAGAGAGAGGGAGGAAUAUAAGUAUAAUGGAGAACCAGAAGAAGGAGGAGGUGGAAGGAGAGGAGGACGAGGUGGGACCGAUGGCUGGGGAGAUGGCCGAAGAAGAGGAAGGGCAGGUGACCAGCUUGACGCUUGAAAGGGUGGCUGCGGCGAAGCAGUUCAUUGAGAGCCACUAUAAAGCCCAGAUGAAACAUAUCCAAGAACGCAAAGAAAGGCGUUUAGUGUUAGAAAAGAAGUUGGCAUCGUCAGAUGUUCCAGAGGAGGAACAAAUCAGUCUGCUGAAGGAUUUGGAGCGCAAGGAGUCAGAUUAUAUGCGGCUUAAAAGGCACAAGAUUUGUGUUGAUGAUUUUGACCUUUUAACCAUUAUUGGGAGAGGGGCUUUUGGAGAGGUAAGAUUGUGUCGAGAGAAAAAAUCAGGUGAUAUUUUUGCCAUGAAAAAGUUGAAGAAGUCAGAAAUGCUUAGCAGGGGACAGGUUGAACAUGUGAGAGCUGAGAGAAAUUUGCUCGCAGAAGUUGCCAGUCACUUCAUUGUGAAACUUUAUUAUUCUUUUCAAGAUGCUGAGUAUUUGUAUCUAAUCAUGGAGUAUCUGCCUGGUGGUGACAUGAUGACUUUGCUAAUGAGAGAAGACACCCUAACUGAGACUGUGGCUAGAUUUUACAUUGCUCAAAGUGUUCUGGCCAUUGAAUCUAUUCAUAGGCAUAAUUACAUUCACAGAGACAUUAAACCCGACAAUCUUCUGUUGGACAAAAAUGGUCAUAUGAAGCUCUCUGACUUUGGUCUUUGCAAACCUCUAGACUGUAGAAAUUUAUCUGCUAUAAACGAAAAUGAAACCCUGGAUGAUGAGAAUUUGAAUGAAUCAAUGGACGUUGAUGGGCACUUCCCUGAAUCUGGUAGAGGAAGACGCUGGAAAAAUCCCCUUGAACAAUUGCAGCACUGGCAGCAUAACAGGAGGAAACUGUUUCAAUGGCAGGCAUUUUCAACAGUUGGAACACCAGAUUACAUUGCACCUGAAGUAUUGCUGAAGAAAGGAUAUGGCACAGAGUGUGACUGGUGGUCACUUGGUGCUAUCAUGUAUGAAAUGCUUGUUGGUUAUCCUCCAUUUUACUCUGAUGAUCCAGUGACAACAUGCAGAAAGAUUGUACACUGGAAAAAUCAUUUGAAAUUUCCAGAUGAGGCCAGGCUUACACCUGCAGCAAAGGAUUUGAUCUGUAGGUUGCUUUGUGAUGUUGAGCAUAGGCUCGGUACUUUAGGAGCAGACCAAAUUAAAGCUCAUCCCUGGUUCAAAGAUACUCCAUGGGACAAACUCUAUGAAACAGAGGCAGCAUUUAAACCACAGGUUGAGGGGGAUCUUGAUACUCAAAAUUUUAUGAAAUUUGAUGAGGUGGAAGGUCCAAAACCAGCAAGAACAGGAUCUGGGCCAAUGAGGAAGAUGCAUUUAACUCCUAAAGAUCUUAAUUUUGUGGGCUAUACGUACAAGAAUUUUGAGGCUGUCAAAGGGUUACGUCAUUCUUUUGAUAUAAAGGGGAGUGCACCGCCAAGGCAGUCGUCAACUGACUCAUUCCACAGUGAUUCUGGUGUGGACUACUCUUCUAAUGACACAGAAACAGGGUUGCUUUGAUCAUCAGGAGAUGGCGUGUCACAUUGAGUGACUCAAUCCUUUCCAUGGAUAGCACCGUGCACAAUGGAUAAACGAACUCUUCUUAUUUUGAUUGACGGGUCUACCUGCUUAUUUUAGCCAGGUUCUACCCUGAUUUGCUUAUCUAUUGAAGUUUGCUGGCACAUAUUUGCCGAACUAAUAAGUGUGCAGUAAAUAUCAAUUAGAUUGAGGAGAGUUCUUUGAUA